AUGUCUUCAGCCACCUCCAUCCUGGCGACAACGGCCUCCAGCAGCGCAGCAGCUGUUUCGAGCACCGUCACGUCUAACAACAAUAACAACAAUAACGGUCCCACCAGUUCGCCGCUGCUCUUCUUCGUCGCCCUUGGGUUCGGCGUUGUCUUCACGAACCUCUGGAUCAUCGUAGGUGUAAAGUACUGCUUUAGAUACAAUCGCGCCCGCGCUGCCCGAGCGACUGGAGAUGGAGAGCCUAUUGAUAUGGCGAAUAUGCCUCGACCGCACAGGAGGAGGAGAGAGAAGAAGUUAAUGUCCAUGGACGACGUCAACGAACGAUUCCCGCUGGCCAAGUACAAGACGUGGAAAUCGAGUCGGGAGAUUAGGGGAUUGCCGGCUGAGGGUGGAAUCGCCACAGCACCCCAAAGCAGAGCUGUGAGCAUGAAGGAUGUCGAGGGCGUUAUAUCUGCAAAGGACGACGGCACUUCCAGCGGAGGACCAGACACUGCGCUUUCCAUGGCCAGAGAAGACCUUGCUAGUACCCCAUCUUCACCAAGGCGCAUCAUCUCGCCAAGGACAAGCGUCGAUGCGCGUAGGACACUCGGCGACAAAGAGCUUGAGAACAACAGUGGCGAAAAGUCUCCGACUAAAACUGAAACCGUCGAGGCCGACGUCCGCGAGCGCGAUGACGAAUCGGACGAUGACGACGACCCGAUUCGCACUGCUACUGCGCCAGAGAUGUUGUCCGAGCCUGGCGAUACAUGCGCCAUCUGCUUGGACACGCUGGAGGACGACGAUGAUGUACGAGGAUUGACUUGCGGUCAUGCUUUCCACGCCAGUUGUGUUGAUCCAUGGCUGACUGCUCGUCGCGCCUGCUGUCCACUCUGCAAGGCUGACUACUACGUCCCUAAGCCCGUCACUGAGGGCGAGAACGCCGUCCACAUUUCCGCAGGUCGUCGUUCAGCUGCAGGCCUCAGAAGCCCUACGUCUCCACAAGCCGUAUGGACGGGCACUCGCGGCAACCCCUUUUCACGAAACCGAGUCGUCGUGAUCGCCGGCCCUGGCGCUCAGCAAACUCAGCAAACUGAUCGGUUCGGGCGACCAGUUCAUCCCAGUCGGCCUGCUCGUCCCAUGACCGAGGCGCUACGGCAGAAUGCGCAGGACGGUAGCUCGAAUUGGAGAUCGAGGUUCCAGCUCUUUGGACGUGGGAACGCUAGCGAAAACUCUGCGCCCGCGCAACCUACACCCGCGCAACUCGAGGCUGGAAAUAGGUCCACGGUAUGA